GGAGUAACUCCACUGAUGUCAGUGUCUCCUGUUCUCCCUCUCUCAUCCCAAGGGGAUGUUCAAUUUCAUGGAGAGGUGUCACAUUCAAAACUGAUAAAAGGAACUAUUUCUUCGCACAUCUGGACCAGAUGCAGGCCUGAGCGAGCAUCUUCAGGCAGAGAAGCCCAAGGAAAGGCGCUGAAUAGCCUCAGGGCUGAGCCGAAGUUAACGAAAUGCCCUGGUGAUGAAAAGAGACGCAGAGCCUGGGAUUACCUGAGAGAAGAGGAGAAGGCACAAGAUGUUAUCCAUUACAGAGGCAACGCCCUGCCAAGGGAGUGUUUUGCGAAAAGUGGAUCCCAGCUCUCUGGACUGGAUCGAUCAGUGGUUUCAGAUGCCUCUGGAUGUUCAAUGAUAGCACUCUUCCAUACUGGAGCAGCAAAGAUUCCUCCAACCUUACUUCCAAGGGUGAGACAAGCUCUGUGCUCCCACCGCCUACGUUGCUUUCUCCAGGGGUGCGGCUCCACCUUAAACAGGAAACUGGCGUCCCACGGCUUUGGCGCGUCCAUGGCAGCAAUGUCAUCCUUCCCUCCACAGAGAUAUCACUACUUCUUAGUGUUGGAUUUUGAGGCCACUUGUGACAAACCACAGAUUCACCCUCAGGAAAUCAUUGAGUUCCCCAUUCUGAAGCUAAAUGGCAGGACGAUGGAGAUUGAAUCCACCUUUCACAUGUAUGUGCAGCCGGUGGUGCACCCUCAGCUUACUCCCUUCUGUACAGAGCUGACUGGAAUUAUUCAAGGCAUGGUGGAUGGGCAGCCAAAUCUCCAGCAAGUGCUUGAGAGGGUCGAUGAGUGGAUGGCGAAGGAAGGCCUCUUAGAUCCUAGCGUCAAGUCGAUUUUUGUAACCUGCGGAGACUGGGAUUUGAAAGUAAUGUUACCAGGACAAUGCCAGUACUUAGGGCUGCCGGUUGCUGAUUACUUCAAACAGUGGAUUAAUCUGAAAAAGGGGAGACGGAGAUGUCGUGUGCAGAAAGCAGGGAGAAAUGGAUGCGCAUACAGCUUCGCCAUGGGGAGCUGGCCGAAGAACGGGCUCUUAGACAUGAACAAAGGACUCAACCUCCAGCACAUAGGGAGGCCCCACAGCGGGAUCGAUGACUGUAAGAACAUCGCCAACAUCAUGAAGACGCUGGCCCAUCGAGGCUUCAUCUUCAAGCAGACCUCCAAGCCCUUUUGAUCGGCGGGGCGGGCCGGGCCGGACAGGGCUGCAUGCGGCCGGCUCCUCCGCUGCGGGAGGACGGGCGAUAGCAUUCAAACGGCAACCGAGGACAGAGGCGACGCCACACCCAGCUCCGCUGUUACGCCAGUAGAGGUUGUAUAUAUGGAAAGGAAAAUCUGUGUAGACCCGACGUGGAUCCCCCUGUCUGGGCUGCUCCGGCCAUCGCCCGCCACGCCCCCGGAGCCGCCCAGGGCGCUUGCACCACCUGGUUAGAGCCGUAGUUCCUUCGUCUUUCUUCGCCCCGGUUUCCGUUCCCCCUCGCGCCCCCCCGGCCAUGGGUCGCCCUCUUUCUUUUCUGUGUUUGUUUCCCUUUCGCCGGGCGCUGCCGGGCGACCCGCCAGGGCUGCGUGGGAGCCGCGCCCCCGCCCCGCCCCCCCCCACUCCUCUCCCCGUUGCAGUGAACACUAACCCCGCUCCCCGAUGUGUGUCAGCAACCCGGCUUUCUGCUCCAGCUCAAGUGCCUGUAUUCUCUGCCCGCCGGCUUCCAGCCAGGGCUCCGGGAGCAGGGGGGGCGGCUUGUGCCUCUCCCGGGGGCGGGUGGGGGGCUCCUGCCUGGCCCCCCACUCACCCCUGCUGAAGCGAUUCCAGCUCCUGGGGGCACCAGGUCCAUUGCUGGCAGUGGACGCACCAGCAAGUGCUGGCACAGAACGACGGUCAUUCCUCUGCCCCCCACGGUCCCACCGCUCCAGGCACGGGGUCCGUCCGCUGCAUGAGCCCCUCCCCUGCCCACCCACCUGAGCUGCAGCUCUGCCCUCGCAGGCUCCCUGCUGAGCUCAGCAGCAGCUGGCUUGUUGCCUCUUCCCCUCCAACUAGGGGGCUCUUGGGCCCCGUCCUUCAGGUGGGUUUGGGGGCAGGCGUGGGGCAGGCCCCAUCCCCCUCAGAGCCCCAGGGCCAUGGAGCUCCUGCAGAUCAGCCAGGACUCCAGAUCCCUGCUGAGCCGAGCCCGCGCCUGGCGCUGGCCCAUGGGGAUGCUGCAGUGCCGGUGCCCGUGCUCAAGUGGCACCGGGACCCGCCAGCGCCCGGGCUCCCUCCUGCCCUGCAGCCGGGGGCUGAGCCGGCUCGGUCACCAGAAAGAAAAUACAGGCACUGAACAUAGCGGUAACCAACUGCAUGGUGUGUGGUGUUCAGCUCAACCAGCCGAUAACGCAAACCCACCAUCCUCAUCGUCUAGUUAUCCUGAUCCUUGCUGUAAAUGUGCCACAUGAAUAAAGUUUGGGGAAAAAGGCGCCUGUGUGUGUGUGUGUG